AGCCGAGCACCCGCUUCCGACCGCGCCCGGAAACGUGGGGGGCGCGGCGGCCUCAGGGUGGCACCGCCGGGAGCGGGGGGAGCGGUAUCCUCGAAAUACCGCCGGGACUCGGUCGCCAGGGGAUGGAUUGCUAAGGACUCUGCUGUGCUCUGCUGCUCGCAGGGCAUGGAUGGCUGAAGGGCUCAGCUGCCUUUCCUGCCUGCAGGGCAGUGCUAUUCUCCUUCCCACGAUGUGACUGGCACACCUGCACAGCAAAGAGCUUCCCUUUCCAAAGAAUGAGCACAUGCCGAUGGUGCACCCCGAGUGGCCCUGACACCACCGAGUUCCUGAAGCACUAUGCCACUGAACAGCUGUCCCAGGAGGAGUUUGAGGGAUCCAACGAUGAUCUCAGUUACUGCCUGGAGUGUGUGGUCGAAUACCACAAGGCAAGGCAAGAGUGCCCAAGGUUGCAUAAGGACCUGUGGGACUUGGAAACGGCCCGUCUUGUUGCCCACAUGGAGAAAUCCAUGCAGGAAGAAGGCGGGGAAGAGGAUGAGUUGUUUCUAGUGGAUGAGAAUGGAGAGACUCGGCUGUCUGGUUACAUGGGCCCUGAUUUUGAGAAUAACCUGCGAGUGCCCCUUCUAGAAAUCCUGAAAUAUCCCUACUUGCUGCUGCAUGAGAGAGUCAGUGAGCUGUGUGUGGAAGUGCUCUGUAGGAUGGAACUCGGCCACGACUCCUUUCAGGUCUUUGAAAAAUACCCAGGAAUUUAUCUCUUUUUGGUGCACCCCAAUGAGGUGAUUCGCCGCUGGGCCAUCCUAACAGCAAGGAAUUUAGGGAAGGUUGACAGGGAUGAUUACUACGACUUAGAAGAAGUGCUGACUUGUUUGUUCAAAGUUAUUGAGCUGGGGCUUUUUGAGAAUCCAGAUAUUUACAGCUCUUCAAUGUACGAGAAGGGUAAACUCAUCCUUCUGCCAGCACACUUGUAUGAUACAACCAACUACAAGAAUUACUGGCUGGGGAUUUGCAUGUUGCUGUCAGUGCUGGAAGAACAAGCUAUGGACUCUUUGUUGCUGGGCCCAGACAAACAGAAUGAUUUCAUGCAGUCCAUACUUCACACUAUGGAGAAAGAAGCAGCUGGUGAUUCCACUGACCCCUUCUGGCCUGCCCUGCAUUGUUUCAUGGUUAUUUUGGAUCAACUCGGAUCUAAAGUUUGGGGACAGCUCAUUGAUCCUGUCCAAGCCUUUCAAACCAUUAUCAACAGUGAGAGCUACAAAAAUGAAAUCAAAAAUAUACGCAAUAGCUUUAUGAGGACAAAAACUGAACCAGAGUCAGACUACGGUGAUGACAUGAUUACUUGCAGUCAGAUUGUGUACAAUUACAACACAGAAAAGCCUCAAAAGGACUCUGGCUGGAAGGCUGCCAUCUGCCCAGAGUACUGCCCCAACAUGUAUGAAGAUAUGCAAACACUGGCUAACGUGCUGCAGUCCAACAUCGGCAAAGACACGCGUGUCCAUCCCAGCACCUUCCUCUGGUUCAUCCCUUUUGUCCAGUCGCUCAUGGAUCUCAAGGAAUUGGGCGUGGCCUACAUAGUAGAGGUCAUCCACUACCUGUGCUCGGAAAUCAAAGAUAUUCUCAUUGAAAACCUCCAGCAGUGUGACAGAAUCUCGGAGUUUUUCCUCCUCAUCUUGGUGUGCAUCGUUGAACUCCACAGGAAUAAAAAAUGCCUGCACUUGCUGUGGAUCAGCUCCCAGGAGUGGGUGGAAGCAGUGGUGAGAUGUGCCACCCUUCCAGCCAGGGUGUUCACGUGGCACACGGACAAAACCUCUGGGCCCUGUGGGAAAGGCUCAUCUGCAGGAUCUUUCCAAGCCUCCAACUCGGUGCAGCACGCCUGUGUGCAGCUCAUACGGAGCCUCCUCAAGGAGGGCUACCAGAUUGGGCAGCAGGCCCUCUGCAAGAGGUACCUGGACAAGCUCAACCUCCUCCUGCGAGGAAAUCUCUCUAUGGGUUGGCAGCUGAACAUCCAGGAGACCCAGGAGUUACAGACGUGCUUGAAGCAGGUUUUGAGGAGUAUAAAGGGCAGAGCGUUGAGUGCCUCUUUGGCCAAAGGGAGCAAUUCAAACUCUACAGCUUUGCCAACUGUUUCUCUAAAGCAGGAGAGGAAUGUGGGCGAUGAUGGAUUCAGGGCGAGUGCACAUGAGAGAGGUGACCUUUAUUCUCCAUCUGUCAUAUCAAAGGAAAGUGGAGAUUGUCAAGGGAACCUUUUCCCUAGAAGGAAAAAUGCCUGGGAAGAGGAAUCUAGAGAUGCACCUAAAAGUUCAACAUCGUGGACAUCCACAGGAGGCGUCUUGACGGAUAUUAAAAAGGAACCUGAUGAUUCAGCAGCUCAGGAAUUUAUCUUCCCACAGAACUCUUUGGCAGCAAAACUACGUAGAAAAGUUCAGGAAAAUAGGAAUGAUGACUCUGUGGCAGGGAAAUGCAAUAUGGAUAAUCAGGGCUUUAAGCCAAAUGCCCAGCAUUCAGAUUUCAGAAGGGGCAGAGAGCUGGAAGUCAAAGAGGAAGCAGGACCCUCAACAGCAUGUUAUCUAUCUGCUCAAACUCAUCUUGGGUCUUCAUCUUCAAGGAAUUGCAGAAGUGUGCAGGAGACUAGUGUAAACAGCUUGUUUCAAUCCAGAGUCCCCACUAAACAGGGAUCAAAAGAAACAUCACUGGAUUGCUCUAACUGCCCUAAAAAUGGACCUGGUAUGCAAGAGAAGGAAGAUAACAGUAUUGACACUGACAUGCCAAGUUCAGACUGGGACCAGCCUAAUUUCAAUGACCUGGCUAAAUACGACUGUAAACAUCAAAUUUCAAACACCUUUUGUACUACUAAAGUUUCAGCAAAUGGCUGUUUUCCAUCUAGGUCUGAAAACAAGAGGGAUGUGUCCAACCCUGCUCUUCAGAUCAGGCCACUGUCCGUGAAGCAUGAAUCAAGUGACAGGUUGUUGACGUUUUCAGAAUAUUUCAAGAGGGAAAACAGUUCAGAGGGGAAAGAAGAGGAUUUUGGGAAGAUGUCUUCUGAAGAUGAUACUUUAUCAGACUCCCAGGUUGAUAGAGAACUCAGUAAAUUAUCUUUAGCUGCUUAUGCCAAAAGUGUCAAUUUUCCCUUGGAGUCAAGCCAGGAAAGCUCAGUGUACCAGAAUCUAAGUGAUAUUAGGAGGAGAGUGAAAGGUGCUGUAAGAUCUUCCAAUGAAGGCCAAGGAACCAGGUCUCUCUGUGAUGGAGAUUGCCGUGACAAUCAAGUCAUUAUAAUUUCAGACUCUUCUGAUGAAGAAAAAGGUGCAGGUGACAAGGAGGAAGCAAAAACCAAGGACGAAAAUGCUUGUCCUGCAAAGCUGCCUUCAUUUUCCAACAGCACUUCUGAUACUGAUGUCAAAAUGGAAUCAGAAUCUCCAAGGCCUCCCUUGUCAAUGGAUGACUGUGAUUCUCAGUUCUUUGAGUUUGAAACAGAUGCUGAGGUGUUUUCAGCUUGGCAAGAUACUCAAGCCUAUGCUACGGAAGCAACCCAGGAGUACAAACAAGGUGAUGUUUCAACAGCAGUUGACAGUAGUUCAGAUGACUUCCUGAACAGUAGCAUAAACGAGUGGGGUUAUGAUCUGGAUUACCUCAGUGAUGAUACUAUGCAAGAAACAGCAAGCUCGGUAGAAAAGCAGAUAGAAGAUGUUUCUCAUCAGAAAGAAGCUGAUGAUAAAAAAGAGGCAACAAACUUGAUGUUGCAAGAAUCUGUUAGAAAGGAAGACGCAAAAGGGCAGCUGGAGGAAUUUGCAGACAAAGGUGCUGCUGCUGAAGGCUUCGCCCUGGGCUCACCAUUGCCUGAACCCAGAGCAUCUACAUCUACCACCUCACUGGCUUCAAAGCUGGCCUGGAAGAAAAACACCACGAGCCCCCCGAAGGCCACCGCGGCAAAACCUAAAUUAGCCAUAACUGCCCAGAGGAGCCCCAAAAACCCUGCUGUCAAAACAACCCAACCCAAAAAACCCCUCCCUUCAAGCGCCUCCAAACCCCCUGAGCCCGGCAGGUCCAUGCCUGCCGUGGUGCCCCCGAGGAGAGCCCGGCAGCGUCCUGCUCCCACCUCGACCGCGGAGAAGCUGGGGCUGAAGAAGGGCCCCCGCCGAGCCUUCGAGCUGUCGCAGCCGUCGCGGGAGAGCGUGGCCCAGCUGCGCAGCCACGGCAAGGCCGCGGGCAGGGUGGGCGCCGCGCAGAGGCUGCGGACCAAGCUCAUCGACGCCCAGAGCCUGUCCGUGAAGCGCAACAAGAAGCUGCUGGCCUGCCAGGACCGCCAGUUCUUCAGGCAGAUGAGGCCCAAGAGAAGCGCCCGGGUGAGGAGUCCGGCGGGGAGCUCUGAGAGCAGGAACAGAAGAGGCGUCAGGGUGUGCGUGAAGCCUGUGGGACAAAAGGCUCCGAGUUUUGAGCUGGCGUUUGGGGAAAAUCAAAGAGAGGAAACUGCUGGUCCGUCUGCUGGCGAGAGAAAAUUUGGAAGCCUGUCUGUGGAAGGGGGGGCGUGUGCCUCUAAAACGCCUGGCUCUUCAGACUGGAACAGAAAAUGGGAGGAUAGCAGUGGGAUAGCUCCUGUCCCUAUGGAUUCAAGUCUGUCUUACACUGCACUUGCAGAUGAUAAAGAUGAAUCUGCAGGAAAAAGUUGCACUGUCCUGCCUGAGAACAAGGUGAAAACUUCAAGUGGUUGUAAAUCAUAUGAAAGCAAUGAAGAUGAUGAUGAUGAUGAUAAUCUGUUUUUAACUCAGUUAGAUCCCGUGGACAUGGAAUUAUGUUCUCAGGAGGAAAGUUUUGAAGAUACUGCUGUAGAUACUAAAACCCCAGAGGAAACGAAUGCUGCUGAAAACCCUCAGCAGAACGAGUCCCCAGCUAUUCCAACAUGUAAACACGAAGGCUGUGUGGAGAAAGUGGAAAAAGCAGGAGAGUCCUGCAGUGAACACACAGCCACCAGCUCAGGAGCGGACCACGUGUUCGCCAAACCUUCUCUGCUACCUCCCAAAGCCAGAAAACCUUCCACUACCAAGAUCUUCAGCUCAGCAAGCUCCUCCCGCAACGCCGCCUUCAGCAAGGACCUGGAGGACGUCAAAAAGCCGCCGCCUCCUUCCAAAAGCAAAGUGAACGCGGCCAAACCCGCCGUGGUCAGGCCGCCCCUCCCGAGAGCGUACGCGCCAGUGGGAAACCAGCCGUGCAGGGCUCCAGGCCUCAGCCACGUACCUCGACCCCAGCUGUCUAACAGCGUCCUGCAGUCGCAGAACAGGCAGUAUGACAACGCUCUGAACAUCUCCAGAGGCUCUGCACGAGGAGUGUGUUCCUCCUUCCUCGGCGCUCAGCAGCGCGAUCACAGCAUCUUCGUUAAUCAGGUCCUGACGUGGACUUACGAGAUGUUCGCCAACUUCAGCUACUUCGGAACUCCAAAUCACCUCCUGCAGUCUGUGGUAGCCUCUGUUCCUGUCCAGUUUCAGGACUACAAUGACUAUUUUAAUACCUUCUUCCCCUUGAUGAUGCUGAACGCCUUUGAAACACUGGCACAAGAAUGGGUAGAAAAUCAGAAAGCAAGAGAGAAGAGCUACUGCUUCACCUUGGAGAACUUCUCUGCUGACAUGAAUACAGCACAUUUUACAGCUCAUUUUCGAGAGGGUGACUUGGCAAGGCAGCUUCAUCCAAAGGAGGAUGACUUAAUCCUUUUGGUGGUCCAGAUGGAAAAAGACACCUUUGGGGAAGAAGGUGGGAUGGAGAACCACGUGGUGAAUCACGUCGGGCUCGUGACACGAUUUUCUCGUGCGUCCGGUUAUACAGCGAGACAACAGGAGCAGGACAGUGUCUGUCAUCUCACUGUGCAGACCAGAGGCAACCUGUCCUUCUGCAUCCGCAAGCAGGUGAAGUGUGUGGUGGUUGGGUCCCUGGUGACCACACACCGAACCUUCAAAGGUUUGCUGCUGCUGAGCAGGAGUCCCCUGGCCAGACCCAUCAUAAACCCCUGCUACAACGACUUCUGCCCCAGGGAUCUGCCUGUGGUGGCCUCAGGAAGUGCUGCUUUGUAUGUGAAUGAAUACAAUGAAGAUCAAAAGAGAGCCAUUGAGACAGCUUAUGCCAUGGUAAAGCAACACCCAGGGCUCCCCAAGAUCUGCCUCAUCCAUGGGCCACCUGGGACAGGGAAAUCGAAAACUAUUGUAGGACUUCUGUCCCGUGUCCUGAGAGAAAACACCAGGAAUGAGAAAACAGCUCGGAAGAAGAAUUCCAAGAUGAAGCCAAACCGCUUCCUGGUGUGUGCACCGUCCAAUGCUGCCGUGGAUGAGCUCAUGAAAAAGAUCAUCGUGGCGUUCAAGGAGAAAUGCCAGAACAAACAGGAGCCUUUGGGGAAUUGUGGUGACAUCAAAUUAGUGCGACUUGGUGCUGAAAAGGCCAUCAACAAUGAAGUCCGGGGAUUUAGCCUGGAUAAGCAAGUGGAACACAGAAUGAAACGAAAGCCAGGGGACUCUGACCAGGAUAUUCAGAAGAAAAAAGCAGCUCUGGAUCAGAAGCUGGACAUGCUGUCCCGGCAGCGUGCCAUGCACAGAUGUGAGAAGAGAGAGAGUCAAAUGUUAGAUGAGGAAAUUGCCAGACUUGCAAAGGAGAGACAACAACUUGCUUCUCAGCAAAAGGAGGUUCGUGGGCACUCCCAGAAGGUGCAGGCAGACAUCAUCCUGGAGUCUGACAUCAUCUGCUGCACCCUGAGCACCAGUGGGGGGAGUCUGCUGGAAUCGGCUUUUGCACGGCAAGGCCACGACCCCUUCAGCUGUGUCAUCGUGGAUGAGGCAGGGCAGUCCUGUGAGGUGGAGACGCUGAUUCCUCUGAUCCAUCGCUGUAAUAAACUUGUCCUUGUUGGAGAUCCCAAACAGCUCCCUCCCACUGUAAAAUCAGUAAAAGCUCAGCAGUAUGGCUACGACCAGUCCUUGAUGGCCCGACUGCAGAGGCUGCUGGAGGAGCAGGUGCAGAGGAACGUUCUGAGGAGCCUGCCGGUGGUGCAGCUCACGGUGCAGUACAGGAUGCACCCCGACAUCUGCCUCUUCCCAUCCAACUACGUCUAUGGCAAAACCCUGAAGACUGCCAAAGCAAUAGAAGAGAACAGAUGUUCUUCAGACUGGCCAUUCCAGCCCUACCUGAUUUUUGAUGUAGCAGACGGUCGUGAGGAGCGAGACUGCGACUCUUACAGUAACCCCCGGGAAGUGAAGCUGGUGAUGGAAUUGAUUAGAACAAUUAAAGAGAAAAGGAAGGAUCUGGGUGUUCGUCGCAUUGGAAUCAUCACCCCUUACAGUGCACAGAAAAAGAGAAUUCAAGGUCAGCUGGACAGUGUGUUUAGGAAUAACAGCCCAGGAGAAGUGGACACAGUGGAUGCGUUCCAGGGUCGAGAGAAGGAUUGUAUCAUAGUGUCCUGUGUGCGGGCAAACAGCUCUGAGGGGUCAGCACUGGCAUAUGCCCAGGCAAACAGCACCAAAGGAUCCAUUGGGUUCCUGGCAAGUCUUCAGCGCCUGAACGUCACCAUCACCCGAGCCAGGUUCAGCCUCUUCAUCCUGGGCAGGCUGCAGACCCUCAUGGAAGAUAAAAACUGGAAUCACCUGAUUCAGGAUGCUCAGAAAAGAGGUGCCAUAAUCAGGACAGCAGAAAAGAACUACAAGAAAGAUGCUCUGAAGAUUUUGAAGCUCAGGCCAGCAGUGCAGCCCCCGGCCAAAGCAGGGACAGUGACAGCUCCUCUGGUGCAGGCUGGUCCUAACAGUGGCAAGAGGGCUGAGCUCACAAAUCCUGGGAGCAGCCCACGGGAAGCUGCUGCUGGCUCUGGCCAUGCAGUGCCCCAAGGAAGCCGAGGGCCCCCACAGCCUCCAGGGGCUCCAGCUACAGAUUCCAGGAGGGGCAGUGUCCCUGCAUCCCUGGGGACUCCUGCUGGAGAUUCCAGGAGGGCCAACGUCCCUGUGCCUGUGGGGACUCAGGGUGCAGAUUCCAGGAGGGGCAGUGCCCCUGUUCCCCCGGGGGCUCCAGCUACAGAUUCCAGGAGGGGCAGUGCCCCUGCAUCCCUGGGGUCUCCUGCUGGAGAUUCCAGGAGGGGCAGUGCCCCUGUGCCCGUGGGGGCUGCAGCACUUCCUGCCAAUCCAGAGAAACCACGGGACCCAAGGCUGGCCAGUCUGGCCAGUAGAACUGAGACAAAAGGGAAGGAGCAGCAGGCCUUGAAAGAUGGCAGCUGGUCAGCCCAGAGCAAUCCAGGAUCAACAUCACAGCAAGGCCUUAAUGCACCCUCAGCUGCCAGGGAUCAGAUUUCCAGAACAGAAAAUCUCAGGAAGGCCCAGCAGGCAACAGGACAGUGCAAUGUGCUUUCCACAUCUCCUUGCACAGCUCAGCAUGAGGGUGACAGGAGAGGGGCUGUGCCCAAAAACGGUUCCAAAGCCCUCAGUGAAGGAGGUCACAGUAACAGCAGCGAGUGCAACAAGGACUGUCGGGGUUUAACCAGGAGACCAUCAGAGGAACUGCCAGAGGACACAGAAUCAAGCAAUGCCAAGCGAAGAAAGAUAUUUCAUUGACUUCACUACUGGCUCAUCACUGACAAGUGUAUUCCCAGGUUUCUGUCUAGCAAGGACUGCAUCUUAAAUUAUUCAGCACACCUGGAACUCCCUCCUGUUGAUGCCACUACUCUCAGUAGAUCUUUCUCCCAUCCUGUCCCUAAUUGUGAAGGGACUUCAUACCUGACAGAUGGGAGCUUUGAGGUUUGGAGAAGAGAAGUUGGGCAGCUGCAUUGCUUGGAAGAGCGGUGAAUUUUGUCAUCUAGGAAGCUAAAGUUGUAAAUGUUUAACAGUGUAUAUUUGUACAGUAUACAGAAUUAUUUUAAGAUUUAAUUUGACAGAUACGUAGCUUCUUUUUUUUCUCUUGUGUAAAUGCUAAUUUCUUAGAGAUGUAAUUUUUUUAUGAAGAACCAGAGCAUAGCAAAAAACACCACCCCAAACCACCCCCAAAUCCAAAAAAAAAAAAACCAGCCAGACUUCUUUUUUUCCUUUUGCACUAAUGAGUAAUUUAUUUGAUAACAAAAGUGAAUGUUGAAAACGUGGUAGCAGUGGUUCUUCCUCAUGCUCCACUGGUGCCUCAGGAAAGACUGAGGCAGAUGUACAUUGGUUGAAUGGAGAGAAUUCUACUUCUUUUGUAUAUUUUAUUGCCUGCUUUUAUAGGAACAGAAGAGUUUUUGUUUAUACAGAUGUGCCUUGAGUUUUGCUGCCGCUCCAUCAGUUGGGAUCCCUUUCCUGUUGCAGUGGCAACACAACCUGCAGAUUAAAACCCACGAGGUCUCUGUUUGUGCCCCCGUGAGGAAUAAUCAGUAGCACUGUGGAAUCUGGGUCGAAGAUUUAGUUCACAGUUAUUGGUAAUAACACUUGAGUUUCUUUUUGUGGAGCUUUUUUGGAGAUCUACAGGGGCAAAAAGGGCAGGUAGUUCUUUCUGGAUGUUAUUACUGGAUUCUUUCCACUGUGCUGAUGAGGAAUAUACAGCCACUAACAGGGGAUGGGGGAAAAAAAACCCAAGCUAUUUGUAAGGAAGCCUUCCUCUAAUCAUAACAUCUCCCAAUAAAAGUGGAAUUAUUUCUACUAAGAA